CUCGCACGUCACGUCGAUUUAGGUUUCCAGAGUAAACUCGCGCGUGUGGCGGAAAGAAAAGAGUUAGGGUAAAGCCUCGCUCGUCGCCGUCUCUCUUCCCCCAAUGGCACAGCGGAUCUCCUCGACGCCGUGCGACGCGUCCGGCUGCGAGGCGGCGCCGCUGCUGGACGUCGAGAAGGGCGUACCCGAAGAACACGGCACGGCGUCGCCGGCGGACGAUGGGGGCGUGGAAACGUCCGGCUGCCGGCGCUUUUUCCAGGGGUUCUUGGCCGUUGUGUGGCUGUUCAUGGUGAAUCAGAUGAGGAAAGAUUAUAGCGCCUGCGAUAAUGCCGAAACGAGACCGGUCAUGGCGCUUCUGAUGGUAGUGAUCGCCUUUACUGUUGCCAACGUGUUUCACUUGAUCAGCACACAGCCUGCGUAUCCUCCGGCAUAAUCUACCUCCGUGUUUCACUGAUUUAUUUGGUAGCCCGCUUUUACCUGAAGUACUUGUUCGAUAAAUAAGUGCACAUUAUAAAAAAAAUUAUGACACAUUAUGGAGUGGGGUAAAAAAAAUGCAGUGAAAAGGUGCAAUCCAUCAUCUUUCUCCUUUUUAACUACCUCAACCUCGGUGAGUUAAGUACAUGU